AUGACUACAACUGUUCCUUUAAUCUAUUCAUUCCCUGAAUUCCUAGGAGUUGCAGAUGCAGUUGGAGAUUUAGUAAUAUCAGCUCAAAAUCAAACUUUAUAUAAUACGACUGAUCAAAAACAAAUUGAAUUAAUAAAAUCUGGUCAAUUAAAAAGACCACUGGUAAAUAAAACUAAUAGUUCAAUAUCUGUAUUAAAUCAAGCAACAAAUGGAAACAAUAGUCUAAGUAACACCAAUAGUAAUGGAGCUUCAAAUAUAAAUACACCAAAUCAUUCACCAAGUCAUAGUCAAAGUGGAUUAAAUAUAAAUAAUCCAAGUAAUUUAAACCCUAAUGCAUCUUCAUUAUCAUCAACAAAUUUAUCAAAUAAUAACAAAUUUAAAAAGGAAAAGAAAAUCUUAAAAAAGCAAGAAGUAAGAUUUAAAAUUGCUAUAAGUGGUGGUUCAUUAAUUAAAAUUUUAAAUCAAGGUUUAUUACCAAGACAAGAAUAUAUUGAAUGGGAUAAAUGGGAUAUAUAUUUUGCAGAUGAAAGAUUAGUACCGUUCGAUAGUCCUGAUUCAAAUUAUGGUCAAGCAAAAAUUGAACUUUUUGAUCAUAUAAAAGGUGAUAAAAAACCAAGGAUAUUUCAUAUUGAUGAAUCAUUAAUUGAUGAUCCUCAAGAAGCAGCAGAUGAUUAUGAAAAACAAUUGAUACAAAAUUUUGCCAAAAAGGAUUCAGUGAAAUUACCAAUGUUUGAUUUAUUAUUAUUAGGUUGUGCACCAGAUGGUCAUAUUGCUUCAUUAUUUCCAAAACAUGGUGAAAGUUUGAGAGAAAAAUUAGCUUGGUGUAUACCUGUAUCGAAUGCUCCUUCAGGUCCAUCAAAUAGAAUAACUUUAACUAUUCCAGUUAUAUGUCAUGCAGCAAGAGUUGCUUUUGUAGUGGAAGGUUUAACAAAAGCUCCAAUUAUUAAAACAAUAAUGGAGAGACCAGAAAAGGGUUUACCUUCCUCGAUAGUUAAUGAGGGAGCUGCUGGAAGAGUAAGUUGGUUUGUUGAUGAUGCUGCAUUAAAUGAUUUAUAUGAUAUAACAAAAAAGAAAUAUAAAUAUUUAUCAAUACCUGAACCAAAUAAUGAAUGA